AGUCCCAGCCCACUGCACUGGGAAUCUAGGAUGGGGGCCUUGGCUGGAGCCCUGCCCUCCAUACUGCUGGCAUUGCUGCUCACGUCCACCCCAGAGGCUCUGGGUGCCAACCCCGGCCUGGUCGCCAGGAUCACCAACAAGGGACUGGAGUAUGCAGCCCAGGAGGGGCUAUUGGCUCUGCAGAGUGAGCUGCUCAGGAUCACGCUGCCUGACUUCACCGGGGACGUCAGGAUCCCCCACGUCGGCCGUGGGAGCUAUGAGUUCCGCAGCCUGAACAUCCACAGCUGUGAGCUGCGUCACUCUGCACUGAGGCCUGUCCCUGGCCAGGGCCUGAGUCUCAGCAUCUCCGACUCCUUCAUCCGGGUCCAGGGCAGGUGGAAGGUGCGCAAGUCAUUCUUGAAACUACAAGGCUCCUUUGAUGUGAGUGUCAAGGGCAUCAGCAUUUCAGUCAACCUUCUGUUGGGCAGCGAGUCCUCAGGGAGACCCACAGUUACUGCCUCCAGCUGCAGCAGCAACAUCGAUGACGUGGAGGUGGACGUGUCGGGAGACUUGGGGUGGCUGUUGAAUCUCUUCCACAACCAGAUCGAAUCCAAGUUCCAGAAAGUACUGAAGAGCAGGAUUUGCGAAAUGAUCCAGAGAUCCGUGUCCUCCGAUCUACAGCCUUAUCUCCAAACUCUGCCAGUUACAACAGAGAUUGACAGUUUCGCCGGCAUUGAUUAUAGCUUAGUGGAAGCCCCUCGGGCAACAGCCCAGAUGCUGGAGGUGAUGUUUAAGGGUGAAAUCUUUCAUCGUAACCACCGUUCCCCAGUUACCCUCCUUGCUCCAGUCAUGAGCCUUCCUGAGGAACACAACAAAAUGGUCUACUUCGCUCUCUCGGAUUAUGUCUUCAACACGGCCAGCCUGGUUUAUCACAAGGAAGGGUAUCUGAACUUCUCCAUUACAGAUGACAUGAUACCGCCUGACUCUAAUAUCCGACUGACCACCAAGUCCUUCCGACCCUUCGUCCCACGGUUAGCCAGGCUCUACCCCAACAUGAACUUGGAGCUCCAGGGAUCAGUGCCCUCUGCUCCGCUCCUGAACUUCAGCCCUGGGAAUCUGUCUGUGAACCCCUAUAUGGAGAUAGAUGCCUUUGUGCUCCUGCCCAGCUCCAGCAAGGAGCCUGUCUUCCGACUCGGUGUGGCCACUAAUGUGUCCGCCAUCUUGACCUUCAAUUCCAGCAAGAUCACUGGGUUCCUGAAGCCAGGAAAGGUAAAAGUGGAACUGAAAGAAUCCAAAGUUGGACUAUUCAAUGCGGAGCUGUUGGAAGCGCUCCUCAACUACUACAUCCUCAACAACCUCUACCCCAAAUUCAACGAUAAGUUGGACGAAGGCUUCCCCCUUCCUCUGCUGAAGCGUGUUCAGCUCUACGACCUCGGACUCCAGAUCCAUAAGGACUUCCUGUUCUUGGGUGCCAACGUCCAAUACAUGAGAGUUUGAGGACAAGAAAGAUGAAGCUUGGAGGCCACAUCUGGAUCUGUAUGUUGCAUUUCCAGCUGUGCAGCACGUCUCAGAGAUUCUUGAAGAAUGAAGACGUUUCUGCUCUCGGCUCCGGGGGUGAGGUCUGCCUGGCCUCUGCCUCCACGCAUGCAUGCUGUCUCUGAGUCUGGACUUUGCUUUUCCCUCCAGGAGGGACCACCCUCCCCAACUGGCCUGGGAUGUCUUUACAAGCAGGCACUGUAAUUUUUUUUUUUUUUUUUUUUUUUUUUUGCCAUCUGAUCCCCAUGCCUAGCAGAGUGCUGGCACUUAGUAGGUCCUCAAUAAAUAUUUAUUAGAUGAUGA